GGGGGCGGCGGCUUGACGGAUGCUGCGGUCUGCGAUCCCGGGCCGAGCGAGGCCGCGCGCCGCCCGGCUGCGCCCCGCUUUCGGACGACCCCCGCCGCGCUCCCCGGCCCUCGCCCUGGAGUCGCGCCGGCGGCCCUACGCCCGGCGCCCCUCGCUAGCCUCGCGCGCCGGGCCACCUCCUCCUCCGCGUUUUCCGCCUCCUCCUCCCCCGCCUCUUCCGUUUCUGGAGGGAAAGGCUGCAGCCUCCUUCUGGCUCCGCAUCCCGGCUUAGGUAAUACGUUUUCCUCUUUACGCGCCCCUCGCCCCGGCGCCACAACCUCCCUUCCUGCUCGGGUCUGGGUCCCCCCGCGGGGCGAACAGCACGCACCCAUCGCCUCUCCGCACGGUGGCUGACAGCUCAGCGGGUGGGUGCCUGUUCCACCAGCUGCUGCAACCAAACAGCCCGGUGCAGAAAUGUCAGAUAUCCUCCAAGAGCUGCUCCGAGUCUCUGAGAAAGCUGCCAACAUUGCCCGGGCGUGCAGGCAGCAGGAAGCCCUCUUCCAGCUGCUGAUAGAAGAAAAGAAAGAGGGAGAAAAGAACAAGAAGUUUGCAGUUGAUUUCAAGACCCUGGCUGAUGUACUGGUACAGGAAGUUAUCAAAGAGAAUAUGGAGAACAAGUUUCCAGGCUUGGGAAAAAAGAUUUUUGGAGAAGAAUCCAAUGAAUUUACUAAUGAUUUGGGGGAAAAGAUCAUCAUGAGACUGGGUCCAACAGAAGAAGAAACAGUAGCUCUUCUCAGCAAAGUCCUCAAUGGUAACGAACUGGCAUCUGAGGCCUUAGCCAAGGUUGUGCACCAGGACGUUUUCUUCAGUGACCCAGCUCUGGAUUCAGUAGAGAUCAACAUUCCGCAGGACAUCUUGGGAAUCUGGGUGGAUCCUAUAGAUUCAACGUAUCAGUAUAUAAAAGGUUCCGCCGACAUUACCCCCAACCAAGGAAUCUUCCCCAGUGGACUUCAGUGCGUCACUAUUUUAAUUGGUGUCUAUGACUUACAGACAGGGGUGCCUCUCAUGGGAGUCAUCACACCUUUUGUGUCACAAGACCUACACACCCUCAGGUGGAAAGGACAGUGCUACUGGGGCCUUUCUUACUUGGGGACCAAUAUCCAUUCCCUUCUGCCUCCCAUCUCUGCAAGAAACAACAGUGAAACGCAGAGCCACGUGACCCAAAACCCCAGUUCUGAAGGCUCCCACCCGUUCUCAGCUGUCAUUAGUACCAGUGAAAAGGAGACCAUCAAGGGCGCAUUGUCACGUGUGUGUGGAGAGCGCAUCUUCCCGGCAGCUGGGGCUGGUUACAAGAGCCUCUGUGUGGUCCUCGGCCUCGUCGACAUUUACAUCUUCUCAGAAGACACCACGUUCAAGUGGGACUCAUGUGCUGCCCACGCCAUCCUCAGGGCCAUGGGUGGGGGGAUGGUGGACCUAAAAGAAUGCCUGGAAAGACACCCUGACUCGGGGCUUGGCUUGCCACAGUUGGUAUAUCACAUGGGAAACGAAGGCGCUGCUGGAGUUGAUCAGUGGGCCAACAAGGGAGGACUCAUCGCGUACAGAUCAGAGAAGCAGCUGGAGACGUUCCUGAGCUGCCUCCUCCAGCACCUGGCCCCUGUGGCUACACAUACGUAGAUGAGCUCCGUCCUCAUGGGCUCCACAGCCCAACUGUGAACCUAGUUUCCACAUCUCUUGUCUUUUGAAGACAGCUUUGUCCUACUGACAGUCAACAUUCACCUUCCUCUUUGGGGGAGCAUUUUUCCAUUAUGUGUUCAUAAUGCUAAUAAAUGAAUGAUAUUCAUGCAGCAGUUAAA